GGGCUCGGCAAUCACCCCCGCCAGCUCCCUCAGCACCUGAGGGUGUAGCCCAUCCAGUCCCAUGGACUUGUGACAGUCCAGAUGGAGGAGAAACUCUCUGCCUGUCUGCACCUGAAUCGCCGGGGGUAUAUUCUCAGUAGGGUCCCAGACUUCCGGGUCAAGGCAUAAAAUGCCCAGCGGAUGACUGGUCUGGCUAUUAAAGGCACUUGUAAAGAAGGCAUUGAGGACCUCAGCCUUCUCUUGUCCUCAGUAGUCACAUUCCCUGCUGCAUCAAAUAUAGGGUGAGAAAUAUCCUUUUUUCUUCUUUUGCCAUUAAUGAUGCCAUCUCCAUCACUGGGACAUCCCCACAGACAUCUUCCCCGGUAGUCCCUGGUGUGCAAGAGCAGCAGCGCUGCUUCCUCCUCACGGUGAUGCGGGGCAACAGUGCUGGGGCACCUAGUGACAGACAGGACACCUGGCAGACGCGUGGGGCAAGUGACAGAGCUCUUUCAUUGACGUUCCUGCUCAUGUGAAAUGACGUACUGAUCAUCCAAGAGAUAAGUCUGACACACGUUUCCGUUUCUGUAAGCAUGAACUGAAGAGAAUGAACUGACUGCCUUGUGGGUUUAUACACCUUGAAUAUAACAUCUGUCACGCAGAGGAAGAGGCACUUUGAAAUUCUCUGCUGUUAGGGUGAAGACCUUGCUGGUGGCUUGGUGCUGAAAGGUAAACUAAGUGCUGGAUUAUGGAUGAGGACCUGAGGAGCCUGCUGGCCGGAGGAAAGCAGGAGGACUUGACGGUGGAUUACCAUUUGUCACCAGCAGUUAACUCCUCUGCACCCUAUUAUAACAUGUAUUACCCUGAACUGGACAUUGACUGUGAAUUUGAAAGUAUUCCAGCAUUUGCAUCUUCAUUUUUUCCAGUGCUGUACUCCAUAUUGUUUGUGGUUGGUCUCAUGGGAAACGCUUUGGUUGUUUGGGUUCUAACAGUCUUCAAGAAAAUUAGGGCCAUGACUGACGUGUAUCUACUGAACCUCGCCAUCUCUGACCUCGUCUUUGUCUUCUCCCUCCCUUUCCUGACUCAGUACUCCCUGGUAAACCAGUGGACUUUUGGCAACGCCAUGUGUAAAAUUGUCAGCUCUGCUUACUUCAUUGGUUUUUACAGCAGCUCCUUCUUCAUAACUAUCAUGAGCAUUGACAGGUACUUGGCCAUUGUGCACUCUGUGUAUGCCCUGCAGAUCCGGACAACCACCCAUGGAAUCAUCGCAAGCCUGGCCCUUUGGGCAGUAGCCAUUUUAGCAUCAGUGCCAGGCCUUGUGUUCUUCCGGGAAGUGGAUGAUGAUAACAGGACACAGUGCAUCCCUCACUACCCUGGCAGCGGUAAUGGCUGGAAGGUCUUCAGUAAUUCUGAAGUCAACAUCCUGGGGUGGCUGUUCCCUGUGAGCAUCCUCAUUUUCUGCUACCACAACAUCUUGAGAAACCUGCAGAGGUGCCAUACUCAGAACAAAUACAAAGCAAUGAAAUUGGUUUUUAUCGUUGUCAUUGUGUUCUUCCUGUUCUGGACCCCCAUCAAUAUCGUGCUCUUUUUGGACUCUAUGAGGAGCUUGCAUAUCAUCGAUGACUGCCAGACUAGCCAAAGGCUUGACCUUGCCAUGGAGCUGGCCGAGAUGCUCUCCCUCGUGCACUGCUGCCUCAACCCCAUCAUCUACGCCUUUGUUGGGGAGAAGUUCAAGAAGUAUCUCUGUGAGGCUUUUGGCAAAUAUACCCAUUUUCUCUUGAUCUGCAAAGGACACAGUGCCUUCAACAGACGCAACACGGACAGACACGCCUCUCUGUACACAGCAUCCUCACAGUCCUCUUUUGUUGGUAGCGUCUUGUAGAGCUGCAAGGCAGAAGCUCCAUACUUCAGACUUCAUUUGAAACUGAGAAAUUCUCCCAGUACUUCAAUAAAAAUAGUCUUUCUGUUUCCUUGUA